UAGAAACCCUAGGUCAUCUUCCUCUCACCCUCGCGUGUUCUUCCUCACGUCGGCUCCCCCCACCAUUUUAGCAGCUCACUGCCGUUUGUGAUGUGCUUACUGUAACUGUCCGGCGAUUAAGAUCCCGAUACUGAUUCGUGGUAAUUAAGGUAUUUAAAGAACCACGAGCUCAAACAGAAGGAUUUGAAUCGCAGCCAUUGUAGAAAAUGAAGCUGAUUCUGAAACUACAAGAGAGAGUCGAUAAUGGCGUUUAGAGGAAAGGAAAUGAUGAAGAAGGUAUUGAAGAAAGUUGGAGAGAUCAAUCUGGCGCCUGGAGUGAAGGAAUCGCUGAAGAAAUGUAUACCGGACAGCAAAGUGGUGAUGAACAGGGCAAAGCGUGGUAUUUUCGCCGGCCGUCACAUCCAGUUCGGUAACCGCGUCAGUGAAGACGGUGGUAACAAGUCAAGGAGGACUUGGAAACCAAAUGUCCAAGAGAAGCGACUUUUCAGCUAUAUUCUAGAUCGCCAUAUACGAGUUAAAGUCACCACUCACGCCCUUCGAUGCAUUGACAAGGUUGGUGGCAUCGAUGAGUAUCUGCUGAAGACCCCAUACCACAAGAUGGACACUGAGAUAGGGCUGUUUUGGAAGGCAAAGAUAACGAAGCUGUAUGAAGAACUUGGGCAGAUGGAGGUUGUUUUCUUUUCACCCGAGGACGAAGCGAAAUUCGAACAGGGCUUUAGAGAACUGAAAUUGGCCGAGAGGGCAGCUCGAAAGGAGGCGAGAAGACAGACGUAUGGUAGUUCAAGCAAUCACGAUCAGAUCGAAGAGGGACGAGCAGAUCGCCAUGGAACUGGCAAGGAAGCUGCAGACGGUUCUGAAGGAGGCUCACAUGGUGAUGAUGGUUCUCAGCAAUGGGUUGCCAACGCCUGAUUAUUUAUAGGAGACUUUUUUUUUUUUAACUUGGGAGUUCAAAGCUUUGACUCGUUCAUUCCCUCUUCCAAGAUUUGUUUCAUCAUUUUUCACUGAAAUCUUUUGUAGCUUAUUUGUAUUUUGUUUAAUGUAUACAGUUAGAAAUGAGAAUUGUUUUUGGAAAUUGAGAUUUUAGAACUUACUGCUUAAUAAGAUGCAGACUGAACAA